GUUUGAAAUUUGAAAUUCCAACCAUGUCGACAAGGCAAGAGAAGGAGCGAAAGGCGGAGGCGGAGGCGAGAAAAGCGGCUGAUGCUCUUAAAGAUAUUAACCGUGGAAGAGAAUAUGAAGAGAGAGUUGUUUACAAGGAAGAAUGGGAUCAAUCGCCGCCGCCUCCACAACAGCAACAAAGGAGGCCCGAAGAACAUGUUGUGUACAAGGAGGAAUGGGAAUCAACACAGCGGCAGCAACAGCAACAGAGUCCCGGAGUUAUCGGGACGGUGUUGAGGGCGGUGCAAGGAACAUACGAGCAUGCCAAAGAAGCCGUCGUUGGUAAAAGCCACGAGGCGGCGGAUGUCACGACGGAGAAGGCAAACGAGGGUGCUGAGAAGGCGAAUCGCGAAACAGGCGAAGGAUGCUACAAAAGAGAAGGCCGGUGAAUAUACAGAUUACGCAUCUCGGAAGGCAAAGGAGGCGAGAGUCACAACAGCCCAAAAGACCAAAGAAACCAAAGAUUCGGUCACCGGUAAAGCUUCUGAAUAUACAGAUUAUGCAGCCGACAGAGCUAAGGACGCAAAGGAUGCUACAAUGGAAAAAGCUACUGAAUAUAAGGAUUAUACAGCUGAGAAAGCCAAGCAGCCAAAAGAUACCACAGGGAAAAAGGCUUCAGAGUAUACAGAUUAUGCAGCACAGAAAGCUAAGGAUGCCAAGGAUGCUACAAUGGAGAAAGCCACUGAAUAUAAGGAUUAUACAGCUGAGAAAGCCAAUCAGGCAAGAGACACCACAGGGCAAAAGGCUUCCGAAUAUGCGGAUCAUGCAGCACAGAAAGCUAAGAAUGCCAAGGAUGCUACAAUGGAGAAGGCCACCAAGUAUAAGGACUAUGCCGCCGAGAAAGCCAAGCAGACAAAAGAUACCACUGGGCAAAAGGCUUCAGAAUAUACAGAUUAUGCAGCACAGAAAGCUAGGGAUGCAAAGGAUUCUACAAUGGAGAAGGCGACUGAAUAUAAGGACUAUGCGGCGGAGAAAGGCAAGGAAGACAAGGACGCGACGGUUGAGAGGACAAAACAAGGCACAGAAUACGAAGCAGAGAAAGCUAGAGAGGGAAAAGAUUAUACUGCAGAGAAAGCUAAGGAAGGUAAGGAUGUUACUUUUAGUAAGCUUGGGGAGUAUAAAGAUUCUGCCGCUGAUUCUGCUAAGAGAGCUAUGGAUUUCCUUACUGGGAAAACCCAAGAAACGCAGCACAAAGCCUCGGAAACUGCAGAGAACACCAAGGUGAUGACUGAUAGAUAGACCU